AUGAGAUUCCUCUUCAUCACCCUCGCCGUCUUCUGCAUCCUUCCAACCAUCUUCGCCAGUCAUCGUGGAGAACGUAUCGAAUUUGCCAAUGAUGAGUAUGACCCGGAAGCUAUCUACAAUAGACACCAAUUGGCUCGUGAGUACAUCGAGACGGAGCAGGCCCGUUCCAACAUUCGUGAGGACGUUGCAAAGGAGGAAGUUCGUCAUAUUAUGAGACUGCGAGAAAUCAAGAAAAACGUUGAGAUGUACUUUGGAGAUCGCUGA